UGAGGCUGCGCCGGCAGUGGGCAUGUGGCUCAAGGGGCUUGCAACUGAGGAGUGACGUCAGCGGGCCAUCACGCCAUGUGCUCUGCCUUUAUCUGGAAUGGAUUGUAGAGACAUGGACUUGUAUGAGGACUAUCAGUCCCCAUUUGAUUUUGAUUCGGGAGUGAACAAAAACUAUCUCUACUUGUCUCCUAGUGGAAAUUCUUCUCCACCUGGAUCACCUACACAGAAAUCUGGUUUACUGAGGACAGAGCCAGUUCCUGAGGAAGGAGAGGAUGCGGCCGCCACACUCAACGCCACGGAGGCCCUGUCGGAAGAUGAGAAGGAGGCGCUGAAACGAGAACUUGCCAAGCUAGAAGAAGAAGUCCAGACUCUGUCUCAAGUGUUAGCAGCAAAAGAGAAGCACCUGGCAGAAAUCAAGCGGAAACUGGGAAUCAACUCGCUUCAGGAGCUAAAGCAGAACAUCGCCAAAGGGUGGCAAGAUGUGACAGCAACAUCUGCAUACAAGAAGACAUCUGAAACCUUAUCUCAGGCGGGACAGAAAGCUUCAGCCGCGUUUUCAUCAGUUGGCUCAGUCAUCACCAGAAAGCUGGAAGACGUGAAAUUCCAAGCCUUUUCACAUUCCUUUAGUAUUCGCUCCAUUCAGCAUUCAAUUAGCAUGCCUGCUAUGAGAAACUCCCCAACUUUCAAAUCAUUUGAAGAAAAGGUUGAAAACUUAAAGUCUAAAGUCGGGGGACCCAAGCCUGCCGGCGGUGAUUUUGGAGAAGUCUUGAAUUCCACCGCCAACGCUGCUAGCGACGCCGCCCUGGAGCCCCCUUCAGAGCAUGCGCCCGAGAGCUCCUGAGAUCCCGGCCUUUGUUCUGCGACCCACUGCCAGAUGCUGCGAGUGAGAUCCAAGCACAUCCUGUCAACAUUCGUGGCUGCGGAUUCCUCCCAGAUGUGCUUUGAUUUAGCUUUAUAUAUUUCUUUGACCAAAUAAAUAUUUGUGGGUUAAGCAAAGUAAAACCACCUUCACCUUUAUUCCUCCUGGGAAACACCCCUUAAUGUGCAUCGAAGGCUUUGUAUUUAGGGAACAGCAUGAUAGAGACAUGUGUAGAUCCUGGGGGGCUUACUAGACGAAUCUGAGAUGCGACAAGUGACCAGUUGCUUUCCGACUUUACAAGCUUACUCCUCAUCUGGGAUGCCAGUUGAUCUUUGUCUUCUAUAAUGUUUUCUUUUUAGAUCUUUGUGACACUCACACAUACACACAACACAAAGGGUUUGUAUAUAUACUAAAAUUUUUUCUUCUAACUUUUAUGAAUUCUAGUUAUUAAAAUUUUUGAUGUCUUUUUUUUUUUUUUUACUUUUAAAGGUAGAACUACCAGCUAUAAUUGUUUUUGACUAGAUAAUGUUUUCGUAUGAGGAAGACAGCAGACUAAAGUAAACAGCUCUACAUCCAGUUUAUUACAGUUGUGUAAAUGACCGCAAGCAUGGUAGUUCAAGCUACUAGGUGACUUGAGGGUGGGACCCCGCCCACAUCCUUGGUAAUUGUCAGUGACAGUGAGACGACCAUUUCAGCAUGUUGCUUAUUAUGCUUCUUAAUUCAGCUUCCUUUUAUCAGAAAAUUUCAGAGUAAAUUGACAAAAGAAAAUUGGGAGUCAAACAUAUUCUAUCAUCAUUGUAUUAACUUCAAAAGCUUGGAAGGUCUUUAGGUCUACAUGUAAAAAUGCUAAAGUCUAUCACCUUAGGGGAAACACUGCUGACUCCAUUUAAUCUUCUUAGCACCCUUCAAGAAGCACAGAAAGUUAUAUGGUUAAUAUAACUUGGAUACUUUUUAUACUAAGGUGUUGGUGAUAACGCCCAAGGAUGUAAUGCAUUAAUAAAAAUGAUUCCAUCAUCUGUACUUGUUUUCAGUGUGUUAGGAAUUGUGGAUUCGUGCCCUAGGCAUUGUCUCUACACUGACAACCACAUUGGGGCUCAUGAUCCAAAGCCUCGGGAUGGCUCUGCAGAGGCCGAGGUCCUCUGCUAACCGUGGUAACUACUAACUCACUACCACCACCAUUUCCUCAUGCUCCAUGCUUACCUGUUAUUUAUCACAUUGUGGUUGCUUUAUUAUUGUUCAUGCCAAAUGUUAAUUGCCAAGCUUGGAGUGACCUAAAACUUUUUUAUAAAGCAUGACUAGAUUUACUUGAGUAUAAAUUAUCUGAACCAAAUUUGAAAGCCACAAGUGUCGAUUGUUAUAAAGUGACAUGCUGCUGUUCGUGACUGCUAGAGCUUUUGUUAGCACUUUGGAUGCAAUAGAACUGAUGCUUUAUUACAUGUACAAAUCUCAAUAAACACUAUGUAUCACUAGUAUAGAUCUCAGCACUUAUUACGAGGCCCAUGGUCUGGGAACAGUUUGUAUUCCAGAAUCUGUGGUCUGUGCUUCCAAAACAGGCAAAUUUUUACCAUCCUCUUUAAGUCACCACUCAGUGAAUCCAACUAAUAUACUCUAAACCAUUUCCUUCUAGACUCUUCAAAGCCAAGGCAGAAGAAGUAUUUUCCCACAGGACUGGGACUGUAAAAAUUUGCCUCUCUACAGAAAUAGUGUGGCUAUUGAUUAUAACUGUUAAGUUAUUUUUUCUACCAAUUAGUCUUUUUUUGUUGUUGUUAGUAUUCCAACAUCUUCUCUUGAACAAAGUGGUGUUUUUUUUUUUUUUGUUUGUUUGUUUGUUUUUGGUGCCCCUGUCUAUUGGUAACAAGGCAAAAAUAAGAGUAUAGUGGUAGUUUAUUGAAGUAUCUUCAAAUUUCUGUACUAUCUGUGUGGGGGAAAAAUAAUAGAAGCAAUGGUAGGAAGGGGUAUAGAUGGAUGAGUUUGGGGAGGCAUAGGUGUGAAAGAAGAAAUUCAAGAAUCACUUUUCUAGACAUCUUCCUAUGCAAAAUCAAAAAAAAAAAGGUCUAUUAUAAAGCCCCCCCCCCCAACCUCACAAAAGAAGUCAAAGGGGUAAGGACUCAUUCAGAAAAAUAAACAUGGAUUUAGAAAUAUUCAAAAUGGUCUUGUGGCAAAUUCAUAUGAUUCUCUGAAAAUGUUGAAACAUGGGCUACUGUAUCUUGUGUUUGGUAUUCUUAAGAAAAUUUCAAGAGCAAAAGCUCACCUAUUUGUGAAAUGCCAGAUAUUUAAGGACACAAGAGUAAUGGAAGAAUUGAUCCCUGAAGAAUCUUACAAAGAGGAGUAUUCUUCUUAACUUUUGGAAGGAGUCUAGGAAAUAUUGUGAGAGUCUUUAUGGUUUAGAGCCAGUGUCAUGAGGCAAGAGAGAAUUCACUGGAUUAUGACCAUUGCAACUCAAAGUCAUGAUUACAGUAUAGAAAAGCACAUUUAAUUAAUAUGGACUGUUUCUGGAUCUGUUAUUCAAGAUACUUGCUAUGUAUAGUCAUUGACGACAAUAAAAACUAUAAUUUGGG